AUGGCGUCGAGGACGGGCGCUUGCGAGUUGGCAGCGUGCACGACCAACGACUCGCGGACGUUUUCGAUGUGGGCGCCGCGAGACACGGCCGACUCGAUCGAACCGACCGCAUCCAGCGCGGGGCCGUUGGAGGCCUUGAAUUCCACGACGACCUUGGAGACCGUGGCUGAAACUUCGAGCUCCCGGCGGACGCUGUUGGACAUCUUGGAGGCGUCCGAGACGAUGGCCAAGGCGGCGGCAAUCACAAAGGCAGUGCGGGCAAACAUGUUAGUCUAUUCGAG